AUGACCUCAAUUUAUAAAUCAACAGAACCAUCUGUGUCCACCUUCAAUACACCAUCAUAUAAUCCUCAAUUAGUUGAAGGUGUGAAUUCAGUACUAAUCAUCGGUUCAGGUGGUCUAUCCAUCGGUCAAGCAGGUGAAUUCGAUUACAGUGGUUCUCAAGCAAUUAAAGCUCUAAAAGAAGCUGAAAAGAAAACUAUAUUGAUUAAUCCAAAUAUCGCUACUAAUCAAACUUCUCAUUCGUUAGCUGACAAAAUCUAUUACCUACCUGUCACUCCCGAAUAUAUCACUUACAUCAUCGAACGUGAAAGGCCGGAUGCUAUCCUUUUAACAUUCGGUGGUCAAACUGGUCUAAAUUGUGGUGUAGCAUUAGAUAAAAAUGGUACCUUAAAGAAAUAUAACGUUAAAGUCCUAGGUACUCCAAUCCAAACUUUAAUCACAUCUGAAGAUAGAGACCUUUUCGCUCAAGCAUUAAAGGAAAUCAACAUCCCAAUCGCUGAAUCCAUCGCUUGUGAAACCAUAGAUCAAGCCUUAGACGCAGCUGAACAAGUAAAAUACCCUGUCAUCGUUAGAUCCGCAUACGCCCUUGGUGGUCUAGGUUCUGGAUUCGCCAACAAUGCUGAAGAAAUGAAACAAUUAGCUUCACAAUCUUUAUCAUUAGCACCACAAAUCUUAGUGGAAAAAUCAUUGAAAGGUUGGAAAGAAGUUGAAUAUGAAGUCGUUAGAGAUAGAGUAGGUAAUUGUAUCACAGUAUGUAAUAUGGAAAAUUUCGACCCAUUGGGGAUCCAUACCGGUGAUUCAAUGGUAUUCGCUCCAUCACAAACUUUAUCUGAUGAAGAAUAUCAUAUGUUAAGAUCAGCUGCCAUUAAAAUCAUUAGACACCUUGGUGUCAUUGGGGAAUGUAACGUUCAAUACGCUUUACAACCUAAUGGAUUGGAUUAUUGUGUCAUUGAAGUUAACGCUCGUUUAUCACGUUCAUCUGCUUUGGCUUCCAAAGCUACAGGUUAUCCAUUGGCUUAUACUGCCGCUAAGAUUGCUCUUGGUUAUACUUUACCGGAAUUACCAAAUCCAAUUACAAAGACUACUGUCGCUAAUUUCGAGCCUUCAUUAGAUUAUAUCGUAGCUAAGAUUCCAAAAUGGGAUUUAUCUAAAUUCCAAUAUGUGGAUAGAUCAAUUGGAUCCUCAAUGAAAUCUGUGGGUGAAGUUAUGGCUAUCGGUAGAAACUAUGAAGAAGCUUUCCAAAAGGCUUUGAGACAAGUGGAUCCUUCUUUGUUAGGUUUCCAAGGUUCAAAUGAAUUCGGUGAUAAAUUAGAUGAAGCUUUAUCCGUUCCAACUGAUAGAAGAGUCUUAGCUAUCGGUCAAGCUUUAAUUCAUGAAAAUUAUACCGUGGAAAAAGUUCAUGAUUUAACUAAGAUUGAUAAAUGGUUCUUACAUAAAUGUAUGAACAUCGUUAAGAUGUAUAAAGAAUUAGAACAAGUUGAAAAAUUAAAUGAUCUAACUCAAGAUAUUUUACAAAGAGCUAAGAAAGUUGGGUUCUCUGAUAAACAAAUCGCUUCAUCCAUUAAGGAUCCAAAUGUUAAUGAAUUUGACGUAAGAAAAUUAAGAAAAUCAUUCGGUAUUAUCCCAUUUGUUAAGAGAAUCGAUACUUUAGCUGCAGAAUUCCCAGCUACCACAAAUUAUCUUUACACCACUUAUAAUGCUACAAAGAGCGAUGUGGAAUUUGAUGAACAUGGUAUGUUAGUCCUUGGUUCAGGUGUUUACCGUAUUGGUUCAUCUGUAGAAUUCGAUUGGUGUGCUGUUAACACUGCCAAGACAUUGAGAAAUGAAGGUAAAAAAACUAUUAUGAUCAAUUAUAACCCAGAAACUGUUUCUACUGAUUUCGAUGAAGUUGAUAGAUUAUAUUUCGAAGAAUUAUCUUAUGAAAGAGUUAUGGAUAUUUACGAAUUAGAAAGCUCAGAAGGUUGUAUCAUUUCCGUUGGUGGUCAAUUACCACAAAAUAUCGCAUUAACUCUAUUCAACAAUGGUUGUAAUAUCUUGGGUACAAGUCCUAUUGAUAUAGAUAGAGCUGAAGAUAGACAUAAGUUCUCCUCCAUUUUAGAUUCCAUUGAAGUUGGUCAACCAGAUUGGAGUGAACUAAGUUCCGUUGAGGAAGCUAACGUCUUUGCCGCUAAAGUUGGGUUCCCUGUAUUAAUUCGUCCAUCAUACGUUCUUUCUGGUGCCGCCAUGAGUGUUGUUAAUAAUGAAGAAGAAUUGAAAAAUAAAUUAACCUUAGCAUCUGAUGUGUCUCCUGAUCAUCCUGUCGUUAUGUCUAAAUUUAUUGAAGGCGCACAAGAAAUUGAUGUUGAUGCAGUUGCUUAUAAGGGUCAUGUCUUGAUUCAUGCUAUCUCUGAACAUGUAGAAAACGCUGGUGUCCAUUCCGGUGAUGCUUCUCUCAUCUUACCACCACAAACUUUAUCUGAUAAAGUCAAGGCUGAUUUAAAGGAAAUUGCUGAUAAAGUUGCUGUUGCAUGGAAAAUUACAGGUCCUUUUAACAUGCAAAUUAUCAAAGAUGGUGAUAAACCAUUAAAGGUUAUCGAAUGUAACAUUAGAGCUUCCAGAUCAUUCCCAUUCGUGUCUAAAGUGCUAGGUACAAACUUUAUCGAAAUUGCAGUGAAGGCAUUCUUAGGUGGUGAUAAAGUCCCAAAACCUGUUGAUUUAAUGUUGGGUAAAAAAUACGAUUACGUUGCCACUAAAGUGCCACAAUUUUCUUUCACAAGAUUGGCAGGUGCUGAUCCAUUCUUAGGUGUUGAAAUGGCAUCUACUGGUGAAGUCGCCUCCUUCGGUAAAGAUCUAUUAGAGAGUUAUUGGGCUGCCAUUCAAAGUACAAUGAACUUCCAUGUUCCAUUACCUGACUGCGGUAUUUUGUUAGGUGGAGAUUUAUCAAAGGACUAUUUAGGUCAAGUAGCCGCCAUACUGGCUCCACUAAAAUACAAACUUUAUGUUACAAAUGAAGCUGCUCAAAAAUAUAUUCUUCAACAUAUAGGUGAAACGGCUGGUUCUAUAGUAAAGAUAAUUGAAUUUCCAAAGAAUGAUAAGAGAAAAUUACGCGAAUUAUUCCAAAAGUAUGAUAUUAAGGCUGUUUUCAACUUGGCUUCUAAGAGAGCAGAAAACACAGAUGAUGUCGAUUAUGUUAUGAGAAGAAAUGCAAUUGAUUUCGCCAUCCCAUUAUUCAACGAACCGCAAACUGCAUUAUUGUUUGCAAAGGCUUUGAAUGCUAAAUUAGCAGAAAAGAUGAAAAUACUAGAGUCGAAAGAAGUCAUAAUUCCAAGUGAAGUUCGUAGUUGGGAAGAAUUUGUUGGUUUUAGACCAAUGUAA